ACGGCCCCAAAUGGAGAGCAAAGAUGAAGCUCUAAGAUCGCAGAUAGCAAUUCGCUGUGCCAAAGUCUGUAUUCUGCUUUAUUCGUUGAAAGCAUUCCCAAAUCGCCACUUCAAAACCACAAGCAACGGUCAAGACGAGUCCGACUCAAAAUUCUUAUGUGCGCUUGAAAUCUAUUUGCGGGAGAAGGAUCUGAUGAUGGAAGAAAUCAGAGAUUUGAAGAUGAAAUUGGCAAGGGAAAGAAUUAAAUGUAAGAGGAUCAAGCUCUGUGGCCUAAUGGAGGUGAUUCUUCAGGUGAUGCUGCUGUUAUCUUUUUCCACUGUCCUUUUGGUGCUCGCUUUCAAGUCUCCUUCAAAUUGAUGGUUUACCUUCUGUUUGUUUAGUGUAAAUUGGAAUGAAUACCUCGAUCUGAUUAUUUUGUUGCUGGUAUUCUUUCUCUAGACGCGACUACUGUCGAUUAGUGAAACUAUAUUGUGUUCCACUUCCACAUUUGGCUCAAAUAUACUUUUUAGUUUUUUA